GUCGUUCCUCACCGGCCUGGCAGCGAGGAAGACGACAACGAUGAAGCUCAGCAUCUCUCGAACAUGUCCCUAGCCGUGCACAGCAGCUCUGUGACUCCCUCACAUACUCGCAUACCCCCACGGCGCGUCCUCUAUGAGCAUCAGAUUGGCGACUCUUCGACCGAGGACGACAUCACGCAGGCCAAUGUGACGAAGAUAGAUCCGCCCAGUGCGCUCGGUAUUGCCAUCGCACUAUCGCCCCUGACACAAAGUAUCAAUGUCAUUGUCGUCUUCCUUCAAAUUUUCCAGAGGUUAGAGGAAGGUGGCCUGCAACCAGCUGCCCUUGUCCUGGCAUGUCUGGCGUCGCUGCUCGCAGCUAAACUGGCAUGGACGCUGCUCCUACAUCGCUGGGUUGAUGAGAGUGGGGAUGCGGCCUUGGGAAAGCGUCCGACUUCCUCGCCGUCGAUGGUCGUCUCCUUUGCGAUCUUACUCCUGCUGCUCUAUGCGCUGUCCCCGGUUCUCAAGACACUCACAGAGGCAACGGCGAAUGAUACCAUCUAUCCCCUUUCGUUCAUGCUCUUUGGGCUUCACAUCUGCCUCGGCAACAACACAAUGGCCAGAACGGUCACCAGGCAGAAGGAAAGGGCAGGACGACGGCAGGAACCGACUGGUCAGAUUGCCUCUCUCCCAGCGUCCGAGCAGCCACCUCAGCUCUUCUCGGCUCUGAGCCUCAACGCAGCCACUUCUGCCUCGCUCGUCCUGGCGUCUCGCCUACCGUCGAACGUUCACGUAUUUGCACUCCUCUUUGCAUCCGUCCUGUGCUUUGCCCUCUUCCCCAUCUACGUCAGGCGAUUACGAAGCGUCAAGCUCAGGUUGGCAAUAUGUGCACUCUUGAUCCCUAUGGCUAUUGGUCUGGCUUGGCCUGUAUCGAGGUCGAUGUGCGUGGUAGACGUGGGACUGAAUGUCUUCAUACUUGGUGUGGUGCCAUUUUGGAUGAGGGCGGCCAGCAAAGGCAAGGUCAAGUACGACGGACCAUGGAGGGUUGCGAAGCCUCAGCUGCGGAGACGAAGGUACUCUGCAUUGUAAGUUAGCCCCAUCAAAUGUAUAAUAUACAACAUUUUCCACAUCCUUGUGAGCCUCUUCAUAGCUUCCACCCUGUCAGCUCGACAUCCUCACUGGGACUUUGCGCGUCCCCCAGGCCUUUGCG